CUAGUAGUCGCAUUUUUUCCUCUCCCAGUUUGGCUCAAAUUGUUUUUUUCCACAGGUGAAAAAAUGCAACGCACUAAAGACUGUCUAACUCGGGAAUCCCAGUUUUGUGGGACUAGAACGGAUGACGACUGAAAGUUGCGUGAAUCAAGUGCAGUUUUAUUCUUGAGGCAAUGUUGUUGACUCAGAUCAAAGUGGUAUGUGUUGUCCUGUGCCUUAUUGGCUUCAGGGAGCCCUGGAAUACCUCAGAUGUUACAGCGGUUCUGCACGGAGGACUGGCACAUCAAGGUUUUAUCAGAUCUGUAAAUGAUGCUAACCUGAUGUUUGAGUUCUUAUGGAGAGGACUGGAGAUUGAUGCUGACAAUAAUGUUGUCAUGCGGGAUCAAGAAAUUGCAUCGAUGAGACAAGGACGAGCUUUCUUAUCUCUUAUAAAUGACAGUAUCCCAAAGAAGUUCUCUGCAAUGGAGGAGUUACUGGCUAUGCUGGAAGAGCAAGACAACUCUUUCACUCAGGCCCGUUUUGAGACCCUCCUCCUUGGGACUAUCUAUUCAGCAUACCAGGCACGAAACCAGAAGCUAGAGUCAGAGCAGCAGGCCUGGAUGGAUAUUCUUGGUCGUUUUGCAAAUGUUACUUUCGUUCAGCUACGCAAGUUUUAACUAAUAAUACACAUACUAGUAAUUCACACAUACAGAAAAACAGAUAAAGGGUGUGCAAAUUUGGCUUGCUUUGCGAGGAGAGGGCUCUGAGUUCGGAAUUUGGCCUGAACCCAGAGUACUCACCCAUAUCCUACACUGAGAUAGGAAAAGUUGAGAGUGAGGAGUUGGGGUGGUGAAGGGAUGCAGGAAACUGUUGAGGGACAGAGGUGAGUCGGCUAUGUAUAUAUACAGGCCUCUUCUAGUACUGAUUAAGUAGAUAACAUGUUUCUCCCAAACUUUGUUAAAUAAACAUCAUUUAAAGUAACAUCCUGAUUAUUUGUACAUGGUUUAUAUGACUCGAAGAAUAAUUACACAAAU